AUGGAAGAAGCUGCAGCAUUGCCCACGCCGUCGACAGUAAUCGGGACGAAUGCCGGAAAAAUAAGGGGAGAGAAGACCAAUCUCCUUGGCUCUUCGAACACUUUAAUUUCAGAAGGAGGAGGAGAAGAGAAUGGCGUCAAAGCAUCAUCUUUACCCAAAUUAUCUUGGGAGGAAGCAUUUGACAGGUACUCAAAGGGGAUCAAUGAGUUUGGCCUACUUUGGACAAACAUACUGGGUUAUUGGUGGGAAAACAAAUUGUCACCAAACAAGAUUUUGUGUUUAAGGUAUGAGGAUUUGAAAGGAGAUAUCAAAUUCUACUUGAAAACAGUAGCUGUGUUCUUGGAUUGCCCAUUCAAUGCAGAGGAGGAAAGGGAUGGUGUUAUUGAAAACAUAAUUGAGCUGUGCAGCUUUCAGAAGAUGAAGGACUUGGAAGUCAACAAGACUGGAAAAAGGACGCCAUUGGUUGAAAACAAGGACUUCUUUAGGAAAGGUGAAGUAGGUGAUUGGGUUAAUCAUUUUUCCUCUUGGAUGACCGAGAAAUUGUCCAAAGUGAUGGAACAGAAAUUAGAUGGUUCUGGGCUGUCCUUUCAAUGUUAG